AUGUUUAGGACGAGAGUGGGCGCUAUCUUCAGGUCAGGCGCCAAUUACGUUUCUCAGGCUAGAUCCAGAUCACUCCAUUCUCAGUCAAUUUUACUCAAAGCAGCCGUUGCUGACAUAUCAUCUUCGCAAUAUACGAAGAUUUACAAUCCUGAUUUGAAGAAUAUUGAGAGACCGCUAGAUACAUUUCCCAGACGUCAUUUAGGUCCUUCUCCAAACGAUGUUAAAAAAAUGUUAAAAACAAUGCAUUACACCGAUUUAAACACAUUUGUAGAAGAGCUUGUUCCGCCUAAUAUUUUGAAAAGAAGACCCUUGAAUCUAGAAGCUCCUAGUAAAGGAUUCUGUGAACAGGAAAUGAUUCAACAUUUGGAGAAAAUUGCGAAUAAAAACCGCUAUAAAGUUAGAAACUUCAUCGGUAAGGGUUACUACGGUACGAUUUUACCGCCAGUUAUCCAAAGAAACCUAUUAGAAAGCCCAGAAUGGUAUACUUCCUACACUCCGUAUCAACCUGAAAUUUCUCAGGGUAGAUUGGAAGCAUUAUUAAACUUCCAAACGGUUGUUUCAGAUUUGACUGGUUUGCCCGUGGCAAACGCCUCAUUGUUAGAUGAGGGUACAGCCGCUGGUGAAGCCAUGCUAUUGUCGUUCAAUGUUUCCAGGAAGAAAAAAUUUAAGUACGUGAUAGAUAAGAAAUUGCAUCAGCAAACUAAGAGCGUUAUCCGCACCAGGGCAAUGCCAUUCAAUAUUGAAAUUGUGGAGGUUGAUUGUUCAGAUAUCGAGGACGCUGUGAAUGUUUUAAAAAACCCCGAUGUAUCUGGUUGCUUAGUUCAAUAUCCAGCAACAGAUGGUUCAAUUUUAGCACCCGAUGCGAUGAAGCAACUUUCUGAAGCGUUGCAUUCUCAUAAGUCUUUGCUGUCAGUUGCUUCAGAUUUAAUGGCUUUGACACUACUGAAACCACCCGCUGAUUACGGUGCUGACAUUGUCUUGGGGUCUUCUCAAAGAUUUGGCGUCCCAAUGGGUUAUGGUGGUCCUCACGCUGCUUUUUUCGCCGUUAUAAAUAAAUUGAAUAGAAAGAUUCCUGGUAGAAUUGUCGGUAUAUCUAAGGACCGCUUAGGUAACACAGCAUUGCGUUUAGCCCUACAAACUAGAGAGCAACACAUUAAGCGCGACAAGGCAACUUCAAACAUUUGUACUGCGCAAGCUCUUUUGGCCAAUGUCGCCUCCAGUUACUGCGUUUAUCAUGGUCCCAGGGGUUUGCAGAAUAUUUCCGAGAGGAUAUUCAGCUUAACAUCGAUAUUAGCGAACGCCAUUAAAGAUGGUAGCUGUCCCCAUCAAUUAAUCAACCAAACCUGGUUUGAUACUUUGACCAUAAAAUUGGGCAAUGGUGUAAAUUCUCAACAAAUAUUGGACAGAGCUUUGAAUGAGUUUGAUAUUAAUUUAUUUGCAGUCGAUGCGGCCACUGUCUCUUUGGCUCUUGAUGAAACAACUACUAAAAGCGAUGUUGAAAAUUUAAUUAAAGUGUUUGAUAUUAAAAAUUCCACAGAGUAUCUCUCAAAGGAUUAUUCUAACAGUUUUCCUACAGAAUUUCGGCGUACUGAUGAAAUAUUGAAGAGUGAAGUCUUCCACAAACACCAUAGCGAAACUGCAAUGUUGAGAUAUCUACAUAGAUUACAAUCUCGCGAUUUAUCUCUUGCUAAUUCUAUGAUCCCAUUAGGUUCCUGUACUAUGAAGUUGAACAGUACAGUUGAAAUGAUGCCCAUCACAUGGCCACAAUUUGCCAAUAUUCAUCCCUUCCAACCGUUAAAUCAAGUCCAGGGGUACAAAGAACUCAUUAGUUCUUUGGAGAAAGAUUUAUGCAGCAUUACAGGUUACGAUGGUAUUUCUCUACAGCCAAAUUCAGGUGCUCAAGGUGAAUACACUGGUUUGAGAGUAAUUAGAUCGUAUUUGGAAAGUAAGGGUGAAAGUCACCGUAACAUUUGUUUGAUCCCCGUAUCUGCACAUGGUACAAAUCCGGCUUCUGCUGCCAUGGCAGGUUUGAAAGUUGUUCCAGUCAACUGUUUACAAAAUGGUUCUCUGGAUUUAAUUGAUUUAAAGAAUAAGGCUGAAAAGCAUUCCAACGAAUUAGCCGCUGUAAUGAUCACUUAUCCUUCCACCUACGGUUUAUUCGAACCAAGUAUUCAAGAUGCUAUUGACACGGUGCAUUCGUUUGGUGGGCAAGUCUAUUUGGAUGGUGCUAACAUGAAUGCUCAAGUCGGGCUAACUUCACCAGGUGAUCUUGGCGCAGAUGUCUGCCACUUGAAUUUACAUAAGACAUUUUCCAUCCCUCAUGGUGGAGGUGGUCCAGCUGGUGCCCCUAUCUGCGUAGCAUCACAUUUGAUACCUCAUUUACCAAGGCAUGAUGUCGUCGAUAUGGUCACUGGAGUUGGUAGUGAGAAAUCUAUCGAUUCAGUCUCCUCUGCCCCAUAUGGUAACGCUUUGGUGUUACCAAUAUCUUAUGCUUACAUUAAAAUGAUGGGUAAUGAAGCUUUACCAUUUUCUAGUGUAAUAGCGAUGCUAAACUCGAAUUAUAUGAUGACAAGGUUAAGAGAUCAUUAUAAAAUUCUCUUUGUUAAUGAAUUGAGCACAUUGAAGCAUUGUGCUCAUGAGUUCAUAAUCGAUCUAAGAGAAUAUAAAGCUAAGGGUGUCGAAGCCAUUGACGUAGCCAAGAGAUUGCAAGACUACGGAUUCCAUGCUCCAACUUUAGCCUUCCCUGUUCCAGGGACUUUGAUGGUGGAACCAACAGAAUCAGAAAACUUGGAAGAAUUGGAUAGAUUCUGUGAUGCUAUGAUAUCUAUUAAAGGAGAAAUUAAUGCCUUGAUAUGUGAUCAACCAAAGGGGCAAAUUUUGAAAAAUGCCCCUCAUUCAUUGGAAGACUUCAUCACUUCCUCCGAUUGGGAUACCAGAGGCUAUACCCGUGAAGAAGCGGCUUAUCCCUUGCCCUUUUUGAAAUACAAUAAAUUUUGGCCUACCGUUGCUAGAUUGGAUGAUACUUACGGUGAUAUGAAUUUGAUCUGUACAUGUCCCUCCGUAGAAGAAGUCGCGAGCGAAGUUGAUUGA